AUGGGUCAGGCCGGUCUCGUCUCGGCCCUGUUGACGAGCCCUAAGGGGAGUCCUUACCCAGACCCCAUAUCUCCGGCCAAAACCCGCAUCGGCUGGAUCGGCAUCGGCGUCUUGCGAGCCGUUAUGGCCUCCCGCCUCAUCUCUGCCGGCUACUCCCUCACCGUCUACGCUCGCACUCCUUCCAAAGCCAGCCCCCUCCAAUCCCUCGGCACCCACCUCGCCCUGUCCCCUUUCACCAUGCUCGGCCACCCCUCCGACGUCCGCUCCAACUACCUCGCCCCACACGCUCUACUCUCCGGCUUCCGCCCCAACUCCAUCACCGUCGACAUGACCAGCACACCCACCCUCGCGCGUGACGUUUCUGCCGCCGCACGCGCCGUCGGCUGCUUGUCCGUCGACGCGCCCGUGUCCGGCGACAUCGGGGCCAUGGAGUGCAAGCUUGCUGUACUGGCCGGCGGGGAUGCGGCGGUGGUGGAGUGGCUGGCGCCGUUGUUUGAUAAUGGGAAGGUGACUUAUUUGGGUCCGGCUGGCUCCGGCCAGAGCUGUAAAAUUGGAAAUCAGAUCAUUGUGGGGGUGAAUUUGCUUGUGAGUGAAGGGUUGGUGUUUGCGGAGCGGGCCGGGUUGGAUGUCAGGCGGUUUAUGGAGGCGGUGAGGGGUGGCGCGGCGGGGUCGAAAGUAAUGGGGUUGUUUGGGGAGAGGAUGAUUGAGAGGGACUUCAGGUUGGGUGGUUUUGCGGAGUAUAUGGUGAAGGAUAUGGGGAUGGGGGUGGAUGUUGUUGAGGAAGGUGAGGAUGCGAAUGUAGUAGUGUUGCCGGGUGCUGCAUUGGGCAAGCAGUUGUUUUCAGGUAUGGUGGCUAAUGGGGAUGGGAAGCUUGGAACGCAAGGUCUUAUCACCGCCAUUGAGAGGCUCAAUGGGAAGUGAGAUGAAAUGGAAGGGCAGGAAAGCUAAUCCAAAGUCGGAGUCUGUAAAACUCUCGAUAGUUUCAUAUUAAAUGGAAUCCUCUUGAUGUGCAUCAGGUCCAAUUAAUUUUGUGGUUAGGCGAGGUUCAGCUGCUAUUCGCUUUUUGAUUCGCAAUUCAGAUGGAAAUUUGUUAUUUACUGCCUCAAAAAUAUUGAUCAUGUUAGUGCUGGAAGCAAUUGUCUCAAAUAGUCUCCUAGCAGCCAGAUUUUACCAUGAUUCCAGGAUUUGGUCAAGGCGACUCCAAAUUGCGGGUUGAUUGUAUUAUGGGGAAAUGGUCAAUUGACUCAAUUCCAUGGAUGAUCAGUACUUUGGUGAACGAAAAUAAAAGUGUUUCAGCUCUGUAUUGGUUUAUAG